UUAUGGGCAUCUGUUUCCUACAAAGUUGAGAGUCAUGACGUGAACAGUAAAAGGGCAGUUAAGGAUAUAAUGCGGGUAUGCCCCCAAUGCCCGUUCGACCCAGUAGCACUUCUGAAACUCCCCGCGUUUUGUCCCGGCUCAGGCUUCUGGAAACCGCAGAAUAUGGAAUCGGCUCUGAUGACUGGCGACUUUCUGCUGUGUUCCAUAGGCCAGGUGAAAUGGCCUCGCAUAGACUGCUGGUAGUUUUCCGAGGACUGACGGUGUGUCUAGCGCAUCCACAAUGUUCAAAAGAAUCCAAUUUGUGGGCAGCGUUGUUGGGAAUUGCUGAGCGCCUGGCGUUGGUGAAGCAGGGAGAGAGUUGGAAGUCUUCCAUUCCUAGAAAUUCCAAUUGUGAUAGCCUGAGACAAGAUAAGCACAGCGGCAAACAAAGUGGGGUGGUUCCCCCCUCCAAGAGUCCACGAAGCCCGGUCUUGCCACCCGAACUCCUUCCCCACAUAUUCAAGUUCUUACCUGAGCAGAGUGACAUUCAUACGUGCGCCCUUGUCUGCCGUUUAUGGCACCGCUGUGCUAUCCCGAUCCUGUACCGCACUCCCAAUCUACUCUCCGUCGAAUCCACUCGUUGUUUCCUAUCAUUGAUAAAUCAAGGCGCCAACAGAACGCUAUGGCCCUACGCUGAGUUUGUUCGUCGCAUCCAUUUCCCACUGCCAAUCAACGGAUCGCUUCGUGGUGACAAUAAUAACGGAUGCGAGAUGCUGCGCACGGCAUAUACUUCACUCUUCCGGCUUGUAGUACUAGACCGUGAACGUAGCGAAGGAGCAGCUGCACACCAGCUCUUCUUUGAUUUGAGCGCCCGGUGUUCAAAUCUUGAAGCGAUUGAGGAGUCCUUUGGUAUGAACAAUUCAGCAGGCCUUUUGACGCAAACUGUACUUCAAAACCUCCUCCGCUCUUGUCGGAAUGUAGCUACGCUGACUUAUCAGGUCGGCAUUCCUCCUGCACAGCUGACAGGGGCCUGUACGCUCUUAUUGGAAUUUUUUGAGGGAGAAGGGCAACCUAUAUGGCGUGGAAUCAGUUCAGACGUUAUUAGAGGAGCUAGAUCCAGGGUAUUGGAGAAAUGCCGUAUGACGUUGAAUCGUUUAUCGACAUGCAUGUUCCUCGAAGCCCAAUAUUUGGCUCUAUCGGCGCAGCGGUUACUGGAUCAAUAUGCCCUGAUGUACUAUCGCGGAUUUGCAGGAGCAACAGACUUAAACUUGGAUUUUGUGGUCCGGGCAGCUGAAAAGGAAGCUAAGCAUCCUUCUAUUGGCGUAGAGUCGAAAGCUCCUGCCGACGCCGAUUCGAUAGCACUAGUACUCCAAGCAGUCCGCUUACUUUUUCAUCAACCCAUGUCACACUCGAUGCCGGAACAACCUAUUAUUGUGACCUCUUUUCCAACUCGGGCUUUUCUAGAAACGGCUUUGGGCAUCUUUCCUCCAUCAGGAAUCAAUUCAGAAACGGUCGAACUCAUUUCAGAAAUAAUAGAGCAAUACGAAAGAUUAGACGCAGACCAGCCUGAGGUUGACCUAUGGUUUCGAUGGUUUCGUGACAUUGUUGUAUGGCAGCGUGCGGGCAUCGAAAUGGAAGGGGUGAAAGAAUUAUUGCGGAAGAGCAUGGCGAGAAUGGAAGUGUUCCGGGGUAUGCAGAGACGUUUCGGAAUGGUUUUCAUUGACUGACGGGUGCUUUAGGUAGGAAUAGGAUUGUCCAUAGAUGUAGGGUUAGAUGUUGACGUAGUAUAGCUGGCUUCGCUUCUGUUUGCAUUCGACUAUUCAGUGUCAUUCGAGAACCUGCCAUUUAUCUCAGUAGUCACUACUAGAACUCAUAUGACCAUAUGCAUCACACCGUAACGGGCUACUCUAUCUUUGCUCUUGAUUGGAUC